AUGACGCUCUAUGCUCUCUCUUCAUCUUCCUUCUGCCGCAAUUCUCGAAUUCCUUCUUACUCUCCUGUUUCACGCAUUUCUCAUCUUAAUGGCGAUAAGCUAAAACUUGCUCCGCCGCAGUUUUUCAAUCCCGGCGCGAGCCUCCGUGGUUUUGGGGUUCCGGGUGUAAGACUUAGGGUUUUGACGAGAUGCGAGAAAGAAGAUGCACCGUCGACCGGUGAAGUUGAGGAUGAGGCGGAGCGAUUCGCGAGGCGAGAGAGCACGAUGCCUGAUAGAUUCAGAUACUUGACUAAAGAAGCCCCGGAUAGUCCUAUUAGAUGGCCCUGGCUCGUCGCGCUAGGGUUUCUUGUGUAUGCCUGGAGAGCAGUCUUGUUUGAACUAUCCAAUUGGAGAAAGGCGGCUUUCGCUAUCCUUGGAUUUCUUGGAGACCUUUCCAAGUUUGCAUUGGCCCUUGUCUUCCACUUUGUAGGCGAUCCCAUCACUUCUCUCAUCGCCCUUGUAGAGACAGCAAUCUACAGUGUCCGGGCGUUCUACUCCGGGAUUGUGGCUUACACACCUGUUAGAGAGUUAACCACGGUGAUCCUUCUUGCAUCCUCAGUGCUUGCAAUAGGAGAAGCAGUUGCACCAAACUCGAUCAGCAAGCAGCCGUAUUUGGUAACUCUUGCGGGUCUCUUGGGGUAUGCAGCUGUGCAAAGUUACAUCUCAGAGCCAUUCUUCUGGACCGUCUUGGUGGGUCUGUAUGGAUAUUCACGGCUGAUAAAGAAGAGAGACGACGUGACCUCGGCUCUUCCUUCUGCAGCUGUUCUUGCCGGAGUAGGUGAGCCAUGGGUGAGAGUGGUGGCCAUCACAGGGUAUCUGGCUCUAGCCAUGUAUCACAAUUCAACUAAGACCACCUCCUCUGAAGAAGAGAGACAGAACUUGAGAAGGGCACCGCCAAUUCCGUUGUUGGCUGCUGCAUUGGCCAUUGGCGUCCGUCUUGCUGCGAAAUGGGCUGGAUACAGACACUUGACUUGGAUGAUUGUUUGA